AUGGCACCCCCGGCCGGUGACCCCCCGAACGGAAAGAAACUCCGUAAGGCUUUCACCUUCGGUUCUCGCUCUGAGAAGAGAGAGGCUCAAGGUUCAAUGAAGCAUCAUGGCAAGAAAUCCAUCAGCAAGAUGGAUAUCGGUUACCCCCAGCUGCAGCCAACUCUGGCCCAUGAUGCCAUUGGCAUCUUGAACACCGACGCGUUUGAACGAACUGUUGCCCAUCCCCAGGACAGUAAGGGUAAAGGAAAACAGAAAGCCGGUGAUCACAACGGCUCGGGCAAGAUGUACUUGAAUCGUAAUGUCAACAUUGAAGGCAACGUUGCCGAAGCCGUGGAUGAGCUUUCGCCUCUCCCUAUGGCCGGCCAGAAUCGCCAUACGAUGAAGUCACGAUACAGCUAUGGAUCUGGCACUGAGCCUGACAAGGUAAGCAUCGCCCGUGCCAACUCGACUUCCAGGACAUCGGAGUCUGCCAAAAUUGGCUCUCAUGGCAUCGAACUUGCCCGUUCCACCACCACCUCGUUCUCGCCCGUCACGGCUCAUGCGGAGCCUUCUAUUAAGACGCCGGGUCCUUCGGCUUACUACGAGGCCGAGGAGAUCAAUCGAAAGGUCAGUGCCAUGCUGGCUGCCACGGCCGCUCUGGAGGGAAGAUCCCCCUUGAAUGAGCCUACGCCUUCGAAGAUGUCAGUCAUGAAGAAUAAAGUGAUGGCCAAGAUGUCCAGCAUCUGGAGCCGAAUCCAUGACAAGAAACCCCAGAAGGAAGCCGAGGAUGAGAAGGCUAAGCUGGUGGCUCCUGUUCUUCGUCAGACUCGCCAUAUUUCCUCGCCAGUCAAGGAUACUGGGGCUCGCACCGUCGCUGCUGGAAGCACUGGCGGCCACAAGGCGGAGACCGUUACGCCGUCUUACCGAAUCGCUCGAAAGCCGGUUCCUUCCGGUUCGCGUGUCAGUCUACCUGCCGGAAACCCCGGACAGGGUAGCCCCACCGCCAACCCUUUUGCCGACCAGGAAGUUAGUGCUUCGGCCACCGGUAGUGAUCCGAUGGCAUCGACUGUCAGACAGCGUGGAGUUUCCCAGUUUGGUCAUGAAGUCGUCAACCCUUUCAACACUGAGGGAGAUUUCCAUUUUCAUAUGAAUGACCUUUUGGCCACUAGCCCCAUUGCCGCGUCCACCCCACGAGGUUCGCGUCAGCAGAAGGCAAUUGCUGGCGCCGGCCUUGGCCAAGAGGGACAGCAAGUUGCUUACAGUCCCGGACCUGACAGCUCCGGCGCCGCCCAUGCCUCUGCCUCUGCCGAUGACGAGGAUGGCAAUCUCAGCGACUGUAGUGGCCAGACCGUCAUUGUCCGAAAGGAAUAUCACAAGGAGUUCUCCGACCUGAACCGACAUAUCAACAACCCCUCGGAAGAGCGCGAGGGCCUGGAAGAUGUCCAGAGCGACACCGUCGCCAAGGUGAAGAAACAUCCUUCUCCCAGCAAGGAAGAGCUCGAGGAACUUGAGGAGCAAUUCCAGAUACUCGCUCCCACUGUGUACAACCCCCACGCCACAGAUGAUGAGUUGGCCAGCAUCGCGGUUGAAAUCGCCAGGGCAAUCCCUGUCGUUGCGCGCCAUGUACCCCAGCGUCCGGCCGAGGCUUCCGCCAAUGGAAGUGCCUCCGGAUCGGGCCGGGUUGACGCUCAGCCAGCCCCUGCAGUCAGGACCGUGACCGUUCUUCCUCCUACUGCCUGGGUUCCUCGAGGUCGCCUUUCUAGGCGGACCCGUCGCCUGGGAGAGCCCAGUGGUUCUCAGCCCACGACUGAAAACAGCAACACCAACAACGGAAAUCAUUGGAGUGGCCUGCAGUAA